UUAAAUAUAAAUAUUGAAAGAAUUUAAAAAAAGGAGACAUACCCUCAAACUUACAAUUAAUACAAAUAUAAAAAUUCCAUUGUAUAAAAGAAAGCAAGACAUUUGCAUCGAAAUUUGUUAAACAUGUGUUUCUUCAGCAUUGUGACGCGAUUCUUGAUCAUAACCUUUGGGCUCCUGAGGCCCGCACGUUACACCCACCAAGCUAUCGACUUGGCCCGAGAGCGAGAGCUGACUGCUUGGAGCAAGUAUUGGGUAGUCUAUGCGGGUCUGGUGUGCAUCGAGAUGUUAGGAGAUGCAUUCUUCGCCUGGAUGCCGCUAUACGCAGAGACCAAGCUGCUGAUUGUCUUGUGGCUGAUUGUAUCAGCGCCCCAGGCGAGCGUCUGGGUCUUUGAUACGAUUCUCCAUCCGCUGUUAAUAAGGCAUGCAUCAAAGAUCGAUCACUUUCUGGUGCACGGCAAAGCGCAUUUACUCAGCGAUGUGCUGAGAUACUCCUCAGGGUUCUGUGUGCGCAGUUUGAACUCUGUGCUGCCCUUGGUAUCGCAGUUGUGGAAGAAACCUCCUCGCCAUCCGCAGACUGACGAUGCCCUGGAUGCUCUAAGUAACGAAGAUCCUGAUGAUGUGGAACCGACUAUAGAAGAGUCCAGAACGCAUUCUAAUCAGUAUUUGGAUGCGAUCACUGAAGAAGAAACCUAUGACAUCGCGUUUACAUCGUCACAAUCGCAGUCGAUGGGACAAAUUAAUGGAGCACAACGUAAAAAUAAUUUCUCGAAGCUUUCCAUACCAGAUCUUAACAAGAAGCUGACAACUCAACUUGCUGCAUUGAAUCGCGCCAAACGCAAACCAUAUGUCUACGAGAGACAACUAGAUGCUACAACACUUAAGGACGACACGGAGGACUCGCUGCAAAGCCAAAUCCUUGCUGCAGAACGUUCAUUACGAGCAGUUCAUAAUGGCAGGGAACGACAACGUUUUCCAUAGUGUUCUCGACUCGAUCGAUAGAUUAUAUACAAAUUCUCAGUAAAACGACUCUUAUGAAAAGAGAAACAACUAAUAUAUGAACGAUUUUGAAGAUAAAUAAA